AUGCUUAUUUCAUUCGCUGUUAAUGGUAGAUUUGGUGCUGCCAACCAAUAUGAUCCACUCCCUAAUUGCAAUAUUCAUCCUCAAAUGUCAUGCGCUGGUUCUAGUGGAGAUAUUGAUCCCAAAUGGUUUGGAAAUCUCUGGAAUACACCAAAGCGUGGAAAAGAAAACUGGAAACCAGGUUUCCAAGAUAUGUCUGAUCUUACCGGAUACGCACAGCUCAAAUACGCAUCAGGAAGACAAUCCUGCACAGUUAACAUCAUCACAAAGACUUCCAAAGACUUAGACCUUACUUUCUACUUCGAUGGCGUUGCCCAGAAGACGAAUUCAAAGACAUUUGAUUCAUCUUUCAACAAAUUGCUCAAAGUCAAGGUUGUCGCUGCUACAGGUGAAUCUCUCAUCCUCGAUGAUAUUGACUUCGUCCGGAACGUCGCUCCUCUCGGACAAAGGUCAAAUGACCAAAGAUACAGAAAUGGUCAGAAAGGAGCCAUCAUUGAGUUGUUUGGUUGGCCGGAUGCCGAUAUCGAGCAAGAAUGUAAGUUCAUUGCUGAUGCUGGAUACUUAGGCGUCAAAGUCUUCCCACAUCAAGAACAAGUCAUGUCUUCUCAAACAUUCGAGAAAGAAUUGAACCCAUGGUACUUCAUGUACCAGCCAGUUUCUUACAGGCUUCAAGGAAGAAUGGGAACAAGAGAUCAAUUGAGAAAUAUGAUCAAUACAUGCAGAAGAUACGGUGUAAGAGUAUACGCAGAUGCUGUUGUUAACCACAUGACAGGUAACGGCAACGAUUUGUCAAACCACAGAAAUCCAAGUGCCGGAUGCACGAAAUGGGGCAACAAGACAUCAUCAGCUUACGAACUUGGCUCUCCUUAUUACACGCCAGCAUAUACAUACGAAACAAAUCCAAAUACAGGACGUGGAACAAACGUAUUAGAAUUCCCAGCAGUUCCUUACGGUCCAGAAGAUUUCCAUUGCGAUAAAGCACUUGGUUCAUGGUCAGAUCCAAACAUCCUCAACACUGGUUGGCUUUCCGGCUUAUCCGACUUAGAUACAUCAAAGGAUUACGUCAGACAGAGAAUUGCUGACUUCAUGAUCGAUCUUAUUUCAAUUGGCUUCAGUGGUUACAGAAUUGAUGCCGCUAAGCAUAUCCAUCCUAAAGAUCUUGCCGCAAUUUUCGGAAAAGUCAAGCAAGGACUCGGUGGUUCACUUCCUGAUGACUUCAUCUCAUGGCUUGAAGUUCUUACAGGUGGUGAAGCUUAUCUUUUAGUCCAAGGUGAUGGAGAUUACUCAUUCACUGGCGGAUUGACUAAAUUCCUCAAGCAAAAUGGAUUGAAUGAUGAUGAAAUCCUUAAAAUUAAGAUCUGGUGGUGCGGAUAUCCAACAGAACCAGGAAAUGAUAACGGAUCAAUCGAUCCACAUCGUAAAGUCAUCCAAAACGAUGACCACGAUCAACAAAACGAUGGUUCAUCAUCAAGAGAUAUGCAUGAUGCUGGUUGUGUCCUUGUUAAAGGUUGUGAUCCGGCCAAACAUCGUGAAUACGAAAAGAGACUCUUCAAGAAUCCAGCAGGUUUCGAAUCUAACAACAAGGAUGCAGCACCAAUCAGAUUAGUUCUCUCUUCUUACUACUGGGGUGACAAUAAUGUCCAUUCUAUACCAGAUGGAGAAUCUGAUUGUAAGAAAUGCACUCUUUCCUGCGAGAGCUGCCACACAAGAGAAUACAUCAAGGCUUACAACCCAUCGGCUACUUCAUAUCCAGGUGGAAAGGGAUAUACUUACGUUCACAGAGAUUCUGAAAUCAUCCAAGAAAUGAAUAACUGGAUGAACCUUUAA